AACCGGGCUUCAGGCAGAGGCAGCCGUUGAAUUCAGUCAGGAGCGAGACAGGAGACGGAGUCCAUGAACGACUCAACUUUUAAUGUAUGCCAGCCGGGUCGAGCCACCGUGUUGUCUCUGGCUGUUUCUUUUCUGUUUUGUAGCUUUUAAAUGCAUCCCCGGCUAGACUUGGCUGGACGACGGCUCGCUGUUUUCUGUCUUGUUUAGUAGCUAAUCAGUUUUUGUCCUGAAAAACGGAAGGAAAGAAAGAAAGAAAGCAAGCAAGCCGUUGACUCUUUUUAUGCGUCCCAACCUUUCCUGUGAGUCCAGCACACACACACAGUAAGGCGAACAGCGAAGCGAUUUGAGUGACUGACUGCAUGGAUCAGAUCUAACAUGAAGAGCCUUAAAGCCAAGUUUAGGAAAACUGAUGUUAACGAAUGGAACAAAAACGACGAGCGUCUGCUUGCUGCAGUGGAGCAUGGCGAGGUGGACAAAGUUGUGUUGCUUCUUACGAAAAAAGGUGCCAAUGCUGCUAAGCUGGACGGCGAGGGGAAAUCAGCUCUUCACGUAGCAGCUGCUCGUGGCCUAACAGAAUGCCUCGCCGUAAUCUUGUCUCAUGGAGCUGAGCUCUCAGUCACUGAUACUGCUGGUUUAACUCCCUUACACCUGGCUGCCAAAAAUAAUCACCUGGAAUGUUGCAGAAAACUAAUUCAGUAUAAGUAUCCUGUUGAGGCUGCGGAUAGCUUGGGAAAAACCGCUCUGCAUCAUGCUGCUGCCGGUGGGAACGUCAAGAUUGUUCAGCUGCUGUGUGAACUCAAAAGUCCCAUCAACCAAAAAGAUGCAGAUGGCCUCAGUCCCUUAAUGCUGUCUGCCAAACACAAUCACUCUGAUGUAUGCAGCAUGCUGCUGGACUGCGGUGCUGAAAUGGACACUUCUGACAACUGUGGCAGGACGGCCUUGAUGCUUGCAGCUGAGUCCAACGCAGCCGCUGCAAUUGUAGUUUUAGCUCAGAGAGGGGCAGACCUGUCGGCUGUAGAUUCAGAAGGUCAUGAUGUUGUACACUAUACUAACCUUUUGGGCAACUCUGAAGCCGAAACUACCCUCUUGGCUGCUCUGAACAGACAUCCACUUUUAGAUUCCAAGUCUCCAAGAAGUCCUCAGCAUGAUCAAGUAGCUAAGCUAAGUGAUGAGCGGAUCACAACUCCCAAAAAACGAAAAGCACCUCCACCUCCUAUUAGUCCACUGCAGAGUUCUGGACCCUCUUCUCCUUCUGUUCUUACAUCUACCAGCACUCCUGCUUCCAACAAAGGUGAUACUCCGAAGAGAUUUAACUACAAGGAGGAUGAGGUCACAGGAUUACCACUAAAAGAGGAGGUUGAGAAGCUCCAUGAAGAGAGAAACAUGUUGCUGGAGACAAUCGAAGACCUCAAGCAGACGGUGGAGACAGUGACAGUUCCUGAACUGGAGUUCGAGCACAGUGCGUCUGCAGCUCUGGUUUCUGCUCUGCAAGCCAGGAUUAAUGCUCUUACUCUGGAAAACCAGAAACUUGCAAACAAAAUCAAGAAACUUCCAUCCAUACCAGGAAAUGAGCUGAAGGAGAAUAGUCGUUCUAACAGCAUUACCUCCAACUCCUCCUUCCAUUCCACACAGGACGAGUUUGAGUCACCGGCUCAGCUACCCUCUACAGAUCAAGUGGAAAUCGAAGACCAUCUUGGAACCAUUUCUGUUAAAUUAGAAGAGGAGGGUGAAGGCGGUUGCAAGGAGGAAAUCAGGAUUUUAAAACAAGCCCUUGAAAACCUUCAAAUACAACUGCUUGAAGCCAGGAAAAAAUGCUGCUUGCUUCAGGAUCAACUAAACACUGACAGAGGAAGAGAAAGAGGAGAGGAUGGAAUUGUUAAAGAAAAAAUAAGGGAGGAAGAGUUGAGGGAAUGUUUAGCAGAGCUUCAGGCAAAACUGACAGAUACUCAGGAAAGAUACCAUCAGGCUAUGGAGGAAGUAGAGGAUCUGAAAGCGCAUGAGAGAAGGGGAGAAGAUGAGCGGACGGAGAAACUGGUAAUCGAGAAACUGGAACAUGAGGUCAAACAACUGAAGGCCCGGCUCGCCCAGUGGGGGUCAGAGAAAGAUGAAACAGCUCAGCGUAUCACACAGCUGGAAGAAGCGCUGCAAAGGACAGAAGAGGAGACGCGGUUGGCAAAGGAAAGAGAAAAGAGGGCCGUACAGAUUGAAGAGCUUUACAAGGAGGCACAAGAGGAAGUCAGAAUGCUCCAGGAGGCCUUGAAGGACACAGUUCCUGUUGAAGCUGCAGCCAAAGACUUUGAGGAGAUGAAGGCUGAGUUAAAUGUGGUCAUUGCUGGGCAGCAGCAGCGCUUGCUGGAGCUGUCACAGUCCUACAGUGAAACUAAAAGCCAGCUGAAUGCCGUUCUAAAAGAACUUGCUGACACCCGAGCUGAGAAAACCGCAAGCUCAUCCGUCUCUUCAGAGCAACACGUCCAGAUGCUGAGCAGUAAAGUGGAGGAGCUGCAGACAUUGCUUGCUGAGACUGAGAGGAGGUUCUCAUCCACUCAAGCGGAAAAUAAUCGCCUGAGGCAGGAGGCCGAGGUUCAGGCACAGAGCUCUGUGACCCUUACCGACCACACACAGGUCGUGUCAUCUCUGGGAAAUGCCAUCAAGGAGCUGGAAAGAGACUUAGAAGCCCUCAAACAGCAGCUGCAUCAAAAAACAACGCAAGCGGACGCUCUUCAAAAAAAACUGAAUACAGAGCAAGACGUUACCUCAGAGGACACAGUUCCCCGUCUGGAUCAUGACACCAUGCGGGAGCAGCUGGAGGGUGAGGUGAACCAUCUGACACAACUCCUUCAGGGAGCCUUGAGGAAACAGGAUGAGAUGGCUUUGGAGGCGGCGGAUGCAUGGCAAAAGGCACGAGAUAAUCGUUCAGAGCGGGAAGCUCUGCAGGAGCUACUGAUGUCACGGGAGAAGGAAAACCAGACACUGACCUCCAAACUUGCUGAAUCACAGGAUGCUGUAUGUCAGCUCAAACAGCUGGUAGAGAAUCACGUUGCAUCAGAACGAGAAAAGAACAAGAGGAUAGAUGACUUGUCUCGGGAAGUAGGCAAACUCAAGGAAGCCCUGAACAGCCUAUCACAGCUCUCCUACAGCUCCUGCUCCCCGUCCAAGAGGCAACAGCAAAACCAGCAGAUGGAGACACUUCAGCAGCAAAUAAAACAACUUCAGUACCAGCUAGCUGACUCAAAGAAACAGCAUGAUGAAAUAGUGUCAGUCUACAGGAUGCAUCUUCUCUAUGCUGUUCAGGGUCAAAUGGACGAAGAUGUCCAGAAGGCUUUGAAGCAGAUUUUGAAGAUGUGUAAAGUGCCAAGUCAAGCCAAGGAGGCAUGCUAAGAGAUGGCUGGGACUCUCCACUAAAGCACAUUUGAGACUGAAAAACACAUUGUGCCUGUGUAUAAGCCCAGAGUAUUUGCUUAUAAGGAGCUGGUUUACAAGUAUGUGUUUAUUGCCAUUGCUAAGGUUAUUUUGAACCUUUAAAACUGUAUGUCCUACACACACCUGGUAUUAAAAUGUCCUCUGUUAAUGGGUAACUUGUCUGGGAAGGCACAUCUAUCAGAAGCCACAUGUGAAAGUUCAGCCAUGUGUCAAUGCAGUCUGUAAAGCCAUUCAGUUUAAAGCUGCAAAAAUAAAAGAUUAAACUUUUUUUUUUUUUUUUUUUUUUACUUUUUCUGUUAAUCUUUUAACAGUUUAAGCAAGCGUGGAUAUCCUUAAAAAUGUAAUGAACCAGGUUGCAAAGUUUGUUGAAAAAACAUCAUCAAUAUUUUUUGUUUGAAUCAAAUUGCACAUACAAUCCAGGUAACAGGAGGACGUUCCAGUGGUAGAAUAAACUUUAAGAUGGAUGAACCAGGACCCACAUGCAGGUCAGUUCAAAGCAGUUGUAAGUAGCAGCAGCAAGUUGUUGCAAAGACAGAUGUGGUUAAAAUACCUCCGUACAUCGUUGUGUACAGAUGAAUCUCCAAACCUACCAAAUUAAAGCAUAAAGAAGGUCUUUUGGGCAUACCAACCAAAUUUGUGAUCUCAAUUAGCCAAUAACACUACAUACAGAAAGGGACUGGUUGUGCUAAAACAAUCAAGGUGAACAGUUUAUAAAUGUGUCUUUACUGUGACACAAACAUGCAGGUUAGAAUCAACCCAAUAAGGAUGCGUUUGUUUCACUGAGAGUGUGUGCCGUCAAUGGUCCCAAUUUUCUUGUAAAACAGUGUUGAUGUGAGUUUUAAUGUCCCAUGUCUGUCCAUUUUACAGAGGCAGUUUAAGUUAUUAGGCCUUCUGAAUAUUUCAUGGGACUGUGCUGAAAAAGCAGCCAAGACGUCCCACAGAAAAGCUGCCUCUGGGCAUUUCUUCACAGAAAAAUCUGAAUUCUUCAAAAUAGUAGUAAAAACUCUACUAUGUUUCCUAAGUUUCGGUAUUGUAAUUUUAAGACGGUUAAAGGUGUGUUCUCCAUAACCUUGAGUUUUUUGUGACUGAGAAGAUUUUUUUUGGUUUGUAACAAAACACUAUUUGUUGUAGUAGUUUUUAAAACUGUUGAUCUUCCUUUUGUCAUCCAUAUAAUAGACUGACUUUGUAUACUGUUGUAGACAAAUGCCUAACAGUAAGCGUUUGAUAUUUAUAUCAGUUAAACUUAACUCAGUUUAGUCUUGUUGUUUUGUUUUUUGUUUGCAGACUUUUUUUACUUGAAAAUCAUAGAAAACGAGUUGGCUGAAAACAAUUGACCGAGUUCUCCGCCGACAUGCCUGUAAAUCAAUUUAUACAUCAGACUUCUUCAUAACAUCUCAGUAAUUUAUUUACAUUUGCCCCAUUUUCUUAUAUAGUUCCCCUUGUCUGAUCCAGUGUUCAUAUGUUGGUACAUUUUUAAACUACCUUAAGUUCAGUUCCUUUGCAUGUGUCUUCCCUCUGCACUGUUUUCAUUCUGACUCCUUUGCCUUAGCACUGUUCUUAGGGAGGUCACGUUUCUACUGAAAAGCUUUUAGACCGUUCAGGGUACAAUCAACACGUGUGGGAUGAGUCUCUCACUAAACCUUUUACAUCUGACUGAGAUGUGUUUGACCAUGACUGUAGGUCUUUACAGGUCUUAUAUCUGAGGUUGUAGGAGAUGAUACACUUAUUUGCUUAAAGCUUUGCCUCACAUAUUUUGUACCAAGAAAGGGAAAUCCAAGAAACACUUUUCCUUGUUGUUUGGUUUACUAACAGUUUUAUAGUGACAAGAAAAAAAAGGUUUACCAACCCUAUUUUGCCCACUUUAUUAAAUUUUCAAGAUACAGCA